GGCAUGCCACUUCCCUUUGCACUACCCAAAACCUGUCUUUUCUUGUUGAGUUUGGCACGAGAGUUUUGAUGAAUGGGAUUCUGGCAUGGAAAGCAACAAGUUCGCGUCUUUCUUCUUCUGAAAAUCACUGCAAACAAAGAAAGAACGUUCACUUGACAAUUUGCUAACGAUUCAAUGUCUUUAUCAUAAAGCCGUAUGGAGUCUCCAUUCUCCAGAAGUGGUGUCUGGUUUCUAGGACAUUACAAUUGCAUGGGAAAAAUAAGAGAAGCUGUUCUCUGUUUUGUGGCACUACUUUGGUUAUGGGGUUCCGCAAAUGCUGUUCUUUCUCCUAAAGGAGUGAACUUUGAAGUGCAAGCUUUAAUGGGCAUAAAAGCUUCUCUGUGGGAUCCUCAUGGUGUCUUGGAUAAUUGGGAUGCGGAUGCAGUUGAUCCUUGUAGCUGGACUAUGGUUACCUGUUCGCCGGACAACUUGGUCAUUGGCCUGGGUACUCCCAGUCAAAGUCUAGCAGGUACUCUGUCUCCAAGCAUAGGCAACCUAACGAACCUUCAUAUUGUGCUGCUACAGAAUAAUAAUAUAACAGGUCCAAUACCUUCGGAGCUGGGCAGGCUUUCAAACCUUCAUACACUUGAUCUCUCUAAUAACUUAUUCAAUGGGGGAAUUCCUCCCUCUCUCAGUCACUUGAGAAGCCUCCAAUACCUGAGGCUCAACAAUAACAGUCUUUCUGGAGAGUGCCCAGAGCCACUUGCUAACAUGUCACAGCUUGCUUUUCUCGACUUGUCCUACAACAACCUUAGUGGCCCUAUGCCUAGAAUUUUGGCCAAAUCAUUCAACAUUGUCGGAAACCCUCUUGUAUGUGGUACGGGGAAAGAGGCAAAAUGCCAUGGCAUGAUGACAUUAAUGCCCAUGUCCAUGAACUUGAACACUACAGAGGAUGCUAUAUCAUCAGACAAAACAAAAUCACACAAGGUCGCCAUUGCCUUUGGCCUAAGUCUAGGAUGUCUUUGCUUGAUAGCUCUUGGUUUUGGGCUAUUUCUGUGGUGGAGGCACAAGCAUAACCAACAGGCAUUUUUUGAUGUCAAAGACCGGUAUCAUGAAGAAGUGUACCUUGGAAACCUGAAGAGAUUCCAAUUCAGAGAACUCCAGAUAGCCACUCACAACUUCAGCAGCAAGAACAUUCUGGGAAAGGGCGGCUUUGGAAAUGUGUACAAAGGAGUGCUCCCAGAUGGAACUCUUGUAGCUGUCAAGAGGCUUAAAGAUGGCAAUGCCAUAGGAGGAGAGAUCCAAUUUCAGACUGAAGUUGAAAUGAUUAGCUUGGCCGUGCACCGAAACCUCCUCAGACUCUACGGAUUCUGUAUAACACCGACUGAAAGACUUCUGGUUUACCCUUACAUGUCUAAUGGCAGUGUCGCUUCCCGUCUAAAGGUUAAACCAGUGUUAGACUGGGGCACUAGGAAGCAAAUUGCCCUGGGGGCAGCCAGGGGACUCUUAUACCUUCAUGAGCAGUGUGAUCCAAAGAUAAUUCAUAGGGAUGUGAAAGCUGCAAACAUAUUACUUGAUGACUAUUGUGAGGCAGUAGUUGGAGAUUUUGGGUUGGCAAAGCUUUUGGAUCACCAAGAUUCACAUGUUACAACUGCAGUGAGAGGCACUGUGGGGCAUAUUGCUCCUGAGUAUCUUUCCACUGGGCAAUCCUCUGAGAAAACUGAUGUCUUCGGAUUUGGCAUUCUCCUUCUUGAACUGAUCACAGGCCAGAGGGCUCUAGAAUUUGGGAAGGCCGCAAAUCAGAAAGGGGCCAUGUUAGAUUGGGUGAAGAAAAUUCAUCAGGAGAAGAAGCUAGAACUGUUCGUGGACAAGGAUCUGAAGAACAACUAUGAUAGGAUUGAGCUGGAAGAAAUGGUUCAAGUGGCUCUCUUGUGCACUCAAUACCUUCCCGGGCACAGGCCCAAAAUGUCGGAAGUAGUAAGGAUGCUGGAAGGAGAUGGAUUGGCAGAAAGAUGGGAAGCUUCUCAGAGAGCUUAUAUGAGCAAGUGCAAGGCUCUUGAAUUGUCUUCAUCUGAUCGAUAUUCUGAUCUCACUGAUGACUCCUCGAUGCAAGUCCAGGCCAUGGAACUUUCAGGUCCUAGGUGAAGUUUGUGUAACUACUUUUUUGUUUGUUGGUUCUUAUAAAGAAAGCAUAGGAUGGUUGAAUCUGUUUAGAUAUUAUUUGAAGAUUAUAUUUGUUGUAUGAUAGCUUUCCAAAUGUACAGAAUCUUAUUCGUUGCAUGAUAGCUCUGGGAGUGAAAAUUAUUAUGUCAGGCUUAAAAUUAAAUUAAAUGCAAUGGAAUGCGAAUCUUGAAUGGGUCUUCACUUUA